AUGUCUACCCAGAGCGCGCAAUCCGCACAAACACCCCCUCCCCAGUCCCAGGCCUCCGUUGUUCUUGACAAUCCGGGUGGCACUGCCCAAUCUCAUCCCCCUCCCCCUCCUCAACCGACUCCGCGUAAGUCGAAACCUGGAAGCAACCUGGUUAGCCACGCCAACUACAAAGAAGACACCAAGCAGGACAACAAACAAAAUCGCAGCAUUUGGUUUAAGAUGGCAGAAAAUGGCUUUGCGGGCAUGCUGGAACCGAUGGAACUACUUGAAGACUACAUGCUCACCGCGGAAUCGACCAAUGCAGAGACGAAGGCAGUCACCGCUAUGGUUAAUCAAGCCCGACGCCGCCUCAACGCUGCGAUUGAUGUCUACAACGGGCGUGAUACCAGCAACCCCAGGAGGAACAACGAGAAGCUUAUGAUUCCGUCUUUCAUAAAAUAUCUCGAGGCUUUGGUUGAGAAGUUUCCCGAGGACAUUAGGCCUCUCAUCAUCGACUCUCAGUACCGAAACAUUCCGCCUCUCGAUGAGAACGACCACGACAUCAAACCCGACGUGCUCUCGACUUACCCGGGCGUGUCACCCCCUGAGCCAGGGAAACCCUGCACGUGGCCCGCAAUCGGUACCGACUUCGAGUUCAAAGACAAUCUUGACAUAUUCGACGAUGCCACCGGGGAAAUUCGCAAACUCAAGCCCAGAAAGCGGGAAGAUAAUGUCAAAAUCCAGAAGGUCGAAGAGGCCCUCGUGCAGAUCGUCAAGAGCGGUCGCAGCUUACUGAUGAGCUCGGGCCGCUGCUAUUCAUGGGUUAUAGCGAUGUACAAGCACGACAUGGCGCGCAUAUUCUGCUUCGACCGCACUGGAUUCGUUGUCUCGAAGGGCUUCGAAUGGUUGGUCCAAGAAAAUCAGCACAUUAUCCCCACUUUCAUGUACCGACUCUAUCACCCAGCUGGCCAUCCUGGUCGCGUCGACGGGGACGACUUCACUAUUUCGCGGCCCCUCAAAGACAACACUCUCAAAUCACGUAUCUACGAAGCGCUUUGCCGCAACUCCUUUUAUGCCAAAAUGUUUCCGACUUGCGCGAGCGCCACCGAUACCACCAUCAGUCUCAAAGCUUCCCGCCGAGACGCUGACGGUCUUUCACAACUCAUCACCUGUUAUACCAUCGGAGAUAUCCUCUCGGUCUCCGACGGGCUUUUCGGUCGAGCCACGCGUGUCUAUCGCGUUAUUUUAGCAGAGGAUUUAGACGAAGAAAAUCCGCAAAUCUACGCUUUGAAGGACGCCUGGAGAGAGGCUUGUCGUCGUCCCGAAGUCGACUACUACGACUUGAUUGCCAAGUGCUCCAUAGGCAAGGAAGACGCUGAUGGCAUGGCCACCUGCCAUGGGAGUGUCGAUUUGGGAGCACCCGACUGCGACAUUGACGCGGAGGGCAGCAUUCAGCGCACUCGCAUCGUCCCUCACCCUCUGAAGGCAGACGUUAACUGCCGUAUUCAUGUCCGGUCCCUGAUAACGCCGGUCGGCCGGCCUUUACGCGAGUUCCCUUCGACUGAAGCGCUGUGUUGGGCACUGUACCGAGUUGUCCAGCACCACUUUCUUGCAUUCCAAGCUGGCGUUCUCCAUCGUGAUAUUAGCGAAGGCAAUGUCAUGUUCGUGGAGGACACUCCCGAGGGUCAGAUGCCUCAAGGGUUCUUACUCGACUGGGACUAUGCCGAGUUCACGGAAGAAGGCGCGGAGAGGUUCAAUGAGAUGUUUGAGGGUCGCAAGCAUGUCAUCUUGGAAGACGUGGAAAAGGCCUUGAAGGACAUGACGGGUACUCGUCCAUUCAUGGCCAUCGAGCUCAUCAAUGCCGCUGUCAAACACGCUGCAUAUCACGACCUAGAGUCAGUGUACUGGCUUUUGAUCUGGAUGGUCCUCCGUCACACGGCACACAGUGCCCCUGCAAAGCAGGGCCAUCUCCAAAAUGAUGUUCCCGCCGACAAACAGAACCGCGCUCUUUACAUGCUUUCCGCGAAUCUCUGGCGCUUGGUUGGUGACCAAAACCCCAAGAUUGUUAUGGAGAGGGAGUACUUAGUCGACGAUGCCGUGCCCAUUGCGCCGCGCAAAAUGGACCACCCACGUGUCUUGUGGAUUUUCCAGAAAUGUGUUGCUGAUCAGUGUUGGCCACCCAGCGGAAGCGACCCCGCCAUUCCUUUCGUGCUGCCUUCAAAGGACGACGAGGCCAAAACUAUCAACGGCACUGAUCGUUCCACUUUCAAAUCGACGGGGAAACGGACACUCCCCGACCACGAACAGGGUGAGGAAACACCGAGCAAAAGGUUGAAGCCUCACAUAGAGGCGAGCGAGAGUGCUGGUGCUAGCGCUUCUCGUCCCAAGACCCGUGGUCAAUCUCGCGCAGCCACGGGCAAAGGGCAAGCGGCUGAUUCCAAGCAGUCUGGCCAGAGUCGCGGCGGGAAAGGAAGUCGUAGAUAG